AUGGUCUUUGCCUUCGGCCGCGACUCCAGCAGAGAUGGCUUCUGUACCAUCAGAACAGACAUGGACCGGCAGCCGAAGUGCAACGGAUGCCGCAGAGUCGAAGCGCUGCUGCGCUACGGCAAAGAACACGUCCCAGUGGGAUCGAGUUCGAAGCCAGUGCUGUUCCACAGCGACUACCGGGAGCUCGAAUACUGCGCAGAGAAAUGCAGCACUUGUCGCGUCUUUCGCCGUAGCCUGAUACUCAACCAGGCCACCUUCGCGCAAGUCGAGGCGCUGGCGGCGCCGGCGCAACAAGUCCCGGUGUGGGCAACCAUCGAGCACGGAGAACUCCGAGUGAGCUUACAGGAAGGUGCGCGAUCCUCCUGUCGGGCGAGCAUGAAAGUCAAAGCAAUAUUGAGUGAGCCAGCUGAGAUGGCAGAGCGCUCACUUCCGACCCUCGCGUCGGAAGACCGAGUUUCGGCGCAGAUCCAGGCCUGGGCGAAAGGCUGUCAAACACAACAUUCAAACUGCGGCAACCUCAAUUGGUCUCAUAGGAAUCCCACGAGGCUGGUCCAGAUAUUGUCAGGUUCUUCCAUCAGGCUCGUUGACACUCGGGAGGUGGACUUUUUGCCAUAUAUCGCUCUGAGUUAUUGCUGGGGGCCCGAUCAAGAGCCCGAGAAGGAGUCCGGUGCUGAAACAAAGACCGUAAAGACAAACUACACCCAACGCAAGAAACCGUUCUCCAUAACGGACCUCCGGAAAACCCUUCAAGACGUUAUCCUUCUAGCAAGACGCGUUGGCGUACAGCACGUGUGGAUCGACUCCGUGUGCAUCAUUCAAGACGACAACGAAGACUGGAGGACCGAGGCAUCGUCAAUGGCGGAGGUGUACAGCAACGCAUAUUUCACACUAUGCGCAGUCGCAGUAGACAACGCUGACGCAGCACUGGACCGACCCCGAGAAGCCUGGAGAUAUCCAACCGAGCCGUGCCGGCUCGACGGGCGGAAUCUCGCAGCUUCAGGUCCGCCUCUGCAUGAGCUCAAGCGUCGCGCGCCAUACUCGACCCGGGCGUGGAUCCUGCAGGAAGAGAAACUCUCGCCCAGGAUCCUGUACUGGACGCCACAGCGGAUGUACUGGUCCUGCGCAACGCAAAGGUUCGAGGAGGGCGCGCAAAGUCGGAGACGACGCCCUGAAGUGGCUGAUGAGAAGAGCUCUACACAGGCCUUCCUCCGCGCCUCGCGCGAUGGCGUGAACCUGCACCCGUAUUGGAAGGAUAUUGUAGAAGACUAUACAAGAAGACUGUUAACAAGUGCAAAGGACAGGUUCCCCGCCGUGUCGGGUCUUGCCGCGAAGUACCAACUGCUGCAGGACGAGGAUGAAUUCCUAGCCGGCCUCUGGCGAAACACCGUGGCCGAAGACCUUGCCUGGUCCGUUGAGUCGGUUCCGCCGCCGGACCGGCAGCGGGAUCGAAUACAAGGAAUUCCUUCCUGGUCGUGGGCAUCGCUCCGCUUGGGCACACCAGUCAAGAUGAGUCGCAACUGGCUUGCCUGCAACUCGUUCAUCUUCCUAGAGGCUCAGAGCGGACAACAGGAUCUGGUUGUACCUCUUCCGCUCGAUGGAGUCGCACCAGUGGACCGUGCCAUCCAAAGGAUCCAGAUAGGAGCCCACGUCACGAGCAUUAAGGUGCGAGGCCGAAUGCGACCUCUACUGCGGGCAAGCUCGGAGCAACGCCUCUGGUCAGACGUGAGUAGUCGUUCGGCAACACAGGAGGGGACUUUCUCGUUUGCGCGCUUCGUCGACCGGAACAUUCACUGCAUCGAGCCGAGUAGGGGACGGCUUCUAGUUUACGAAUCGCAGAGACGCGAGACGGUGUAUCAGCUGGACUAUCUGUCAGAUACCGAGCGGGUGCUUUCCCGGAUGGGCCACCUGCAGUGCCUCGAGGUGGGUGCGCAUACGAUACUGCUUGUAGAAGAGUGUGAAGGUGCUGAGGAGCCGGUGAAGUCGUGUCGGCGACUAGGACUAUCUUUGGGCUUGACAAGGCAGGAUUUCUUUGGGAGCGCUCUCUUGGGGACGUGUCACUUAGUAUGA